UGGAAUCUAAAAUUGUGUGUGAUCAAUGCUCUAAGUCCUUUAAAUUAAAAGAAUGGUAUGCUCAUUAUGAGGAAUGCUCGAACCGUUUAAAUGCUUUUGAAGUACUUAUGACCAAAGGGUCAAGCGAUCAAGAAGCAUCAACGUCAGGCGCAUCAAAACGUCGUAGAUUGGAGACUUCUAUUGAAAAACCCACUAUCACCUGUACAACUUGCGGUGAAAGUUACCCAACGUCCAGGGAAAUGCGUCAUAUAAUGUCAGAGAAACAUAAGAAUGCAACAGCAGCGCAACUCGAAGAUAAUGAAAAUGUUAUCGUAAUUUCAACAGAGUCACGAUUUCCGUUAAAAUCAUAUCGUGUUCGCUCUGAUAAAAGUGACCGGCUCGAUUUAAAAGAAUUUUAUAAUGAUUGCAAAGCGGACUUAACCAAAUUAGUGCGUUACUGUAUGAGUGAGUACGGGUCGGCUAAGUUCAAUCUAAAAGUAUAUGGACUGUAUGUCAAACAAACAGAUGAUGAAACCUUAUCGGAAACGAUGAAGCAUUUCGUGACAUCAUAUAAGUCUAUAUAUGCAAAUGAUGAGAUUGAUGAACAUCUAAAUGAGGCCGUUGACCUUUUAAUCACUCUAAGUAGUGAAUUCCAGGAGAAGGAUUCAGGUUGGGCAAUAAAAAAAUUUGAAUAUUUUGAGCUGACAAUAAUUAAAUUGGAGCAUAUCGCUGUAAAUAGAUUUAUACCAGCUCCCAAUAAAAUAAAAUCUCGAAAUGCAUUAAUAAAUGUUAAAAAUGAAGAUGAUUAUUGCUUCAAGUGGUCAAUUUUAGCAUCAUUUGCAUAUAGGCGGCACUUGAGCACUACAUUCUCAACUGCAAACCAAAAAAAAAAAAAAGCGCGAGAUAAGUUAACAAACCCUUCAUAUUAUCGAAUGAUAGACAUCAGACAAGACAUAAUUUGCUAUGACGGAGUGAGACUGGAUUUUUCUGGGAUUGAGUUUCCAAUCACAAACAAAGGAAUAAAGAGAUUUGAAUUAUCCAAUCCUAAUAUUAGCAUAAAUGUGUAUGAAAUCGAUGACAAUGGAAAGAACGUAGUAGGACCAACAGUGAGGACUAAAGGAAUUCGAGGACAUCACAUCAACCUAUUAGGAAUUAAUAAUGACUCUUUGCAAAUGAUGCAUUAUGCCUAUAUAACGUGCAUGAAAAAAUUAUGCUAUUCUCAACAUAAUAAAUCCCAUUGCUCUGCAUAUUUUUGUGAAAAUUGUUUACAAUUUUAUACUACCACAAAUACCACCCAUGACAAUAAAGAGUGCGGAAAAGUUGCUGCACAAUAUCCUACUCCAAAUACCAAAACGGUUUUUAAAAGUUUCAUCAAAAAACUAUCUCCCCCUGUGGUCAUUUAUGCUGAUAUCGAAGCUGUAUUGGAAAGUUUUCAUAGGAAUCUGAAUGAUCCCUUAAAAUCAUCUACCACUAUGGCUCAGAAGCAUACGGCAUGUGCAGUGUCAUUUUAUGUUGUACAUAACUAUAAUCAUCAUUUUAAAUGAGAUGUGGACAUAUGAAGGACCAGAUUGUAUCGAUCAAUUCUGCCAAGUGCUUCGAUCGAAAACCAUGGGACUUUAUGAGAAGUACUGG